AUGCCGACAGAACUAAAAGAACUCGUGGGCUUCAUCGCCCACCCCAACCCUCAGAUUCGCCUCGCCGCUACAGAGAACCUGGUGCCGUACUCGACAGUCGAGCCGGCAAUCUUCAAGGCCGACGGCCUCAAGCCCGUCAAGAACCUGAAGCUUCUAGUCAAAGAUCAUCCUAAAAUAGCCGAGCAUGUCCUGACGUUACUCGUCAACCUGUCUGCCGACCCCGAAGUGCUAGAGGAGCUGGCCAAGGAUGACAAGUUCCUGGAGCUCGUCUUUCUUUACAUAGUUAACCCUGAGGAGCCAAAUGCAAACUCGCUCGCCAUGCUUCUCGCCAACCUCGCCAAAUGGAGUGGUUUCGAGAGCGUGCUGCGAAAAAGGCAACAGCCUCCCGCGGAAUUGGGCUCCGACGACAAGGUCCUGAACCAACUCCUAGACCUCUUCGUCAAGGGCCAAGACGGCUCCUACAACAAAAAGGCAGACUUCGACUACCUGGCCUACGUCUUCGCUGACCUGGCAAAACACGUUGACGUCCGGCAGUACUUUGUCGACUCACAGAGCUACGACGGCGUCAUCCCCCUGACCAAGCUCAAGGUCUUCACCGAGCACAAGUCCGAGGUGCGGCGCAAGGGCGUCGCCAGCACAAUCAAAAACGUCGCCUUCGAAGUCCAGUCUCACCCUUCCUUUCUAUCCGACACGGCCAUCAACAUCCUCCCCUACAUCCUGCUCCCCAUCACCGGCAGCGAAGAGUACGACGUCGACGACACCAUGGACAUGCUGCCCGACCUGCAGCUGCUGCCGCCCGAUAAGAAGCGCGACCCGGACAGCACAGUCAUCCAGACCCACGUCGAGACGCUGUUGCUCCUGACGACGACAAGGGAGGGGCGUGAUCUGAUGCGCCGAGUCAAGGUGUAUCCCAUCAUCCGCGAGACCCAUCUCCACGUGCACGACGACGACGUCAAGGAAGCGUGCGAGAGGUUGGUGCAGGUUCUCAUGCGAGACGAGGACCAGGAGUCGAGUGAGCGGGCCCAAGAGAUUCAAGGGGACGACGAGGAGGAAAUUAUCGAAGUAUGA